AUGCUGGCUUCGACGAGCGGGAUGUCGGUCGGAUUGCCUGCGACCCUUCGAGCGGCCCAAGGUCUCCGGGGCCAGAAGAACAGCUGCGAGCAGCUCGGUGGCCAGAAGAGCAUCAACCUCGACGAAGGGGAGGAUACGAGGGUGCUGGAGGCAACCAUAGGUGAGUGUAACAACGGGGAGUCAAACUUCCACGAGCGCGUCGCGGAGCCAACGAAGACCGCGAAAGUGUUACGUGCGAGUCAGACUACCAUCAAGCUCUCGAACUCCGGCACCGGCGUAUUCGAGAAGAACGUCAACGACGGUGGCUGCGAGGCCCACAUCGACGCCAAGGGCAACAGACACUAUUCUCUCCUCCGCGACUACAGCUGGACGCUGCCGGAGGCCAUGCAGUCGACCGUUCUCGUCGCGUACGAGAAAACCGCCGGAACGUUCACGGGUGCGGAGGUUCUUCUUGUCCAUAAAUUCGGUAACUUCGACAAGAACACGCACAGUGGGCGCGAUGGCAUGCCCGUAGUAACGUUGGAGGCGGCGAUUGCGGGGAGGAUGACGGUGUUGUCCGUCGUGUCGAAGCACCUCUCUCUGGCGCCGGGCGACACGGAUACCCUUCUCAGCAUCGUCGAGGGACGUGAGGCACUGAAGGCAGCCGGAGAGCGAGCACUGGCAUGGAAGAAGGGUGAGCUGGACCUGCGGGGUCUCCUGGCGGGCUACACCGACGCGGACCGGAAGAAGUCCGUGCUGGAUUUAGUGGAGGCCCUCGUGACUGCCAGGAACGAGCCGGCCGAGUACCGCGGGGGCUUGGACGCGAAGAAGAUUCAGAAGAUGGCGCAGAUUAUCGAAGACCUGAGGAAGGAGGAGCCUCUAGCUGCUGUUCUCGCCGGGGUGGAGGAGGUUGCAAAGCUGUGGGGGCCUUGCGGGUACAACGCCAAGAAUCGGUCCGAUGGGGGCAAAACCUCGGACAAGAAGCAAAGGAAAAAACCGAACAAAUUGAGUAGAUUGAAAUAA